CGAUAACGAAUCUUGGUCUAAGGAAAUCGGAGGAAUUUAUUGUCGCGAUGGUCCUGGGUGUAGAAUUUCUGCAAUCUUUGCUGACAUUGUUUCUGUGAGAACGACUAGCCGACUAUACGGCCGUCUAUGCUGAUGUUGCGAUGGCUGGCACUGUCUGGGAAUGCUUGCAACACUUGAUAUUUGACGCGAAACACCAUGAAAACAAGCCAUUGCUCGGGAGACCCUGAGGCCACCAAAUCGACGGAGCAAAAUAUAUUACCAAAGCCCGAUCAAAAUGGGCCUGACAGCCGGGUACCUGUUGAGCUUGGAGCUGAAGACCCGCGACGAUUGAGCACCCCAAGAAAAUGGGUCAUAGUUUUGAUCUCGUCCUUGAUCGCUCAUGUGGUCACAGCGGGCUCGAGCAUCUACACUCUGGCCUACGACCAGUUCAAUACUGAAUGGGGAGCUUCGCGGGAGUUGGCUACCGCCGGUCUCUCGUUGUACACGCUUGCAAUGGGUCUGGGGCCGCUGCUCGUCGCGCCACUGUCCGAGUUUUAUGGACGUCGACCCAUCUGCUUGUGGUCACUGAUUUUAUACCUCAUCUGGCUCAUCCCUUGUGCUCUGGCGCGGAACAUCGAGACCGAGCUCAUAGGACGCUUUUUCAGCGGUGCUGCCAGCAGUGCCUUCUUGAGCGUCGCUGGUGGCACAGUCGGCGACCUCUUUGACCAUUCUCAACUUCAAACGCCCAUGCUUGUAUAUUCGAUCACCGCAUUCCUGGGUCCAGAUGUCGGGCCAAUCUUCGGAGGAUUCAUAUGCCAGUAUACAACAUGGAGAUGGAGCUUCUAUGCCCUCAUGAUCUGGAUCGGGGUGCUGAUGGUGCUGUUCUACUUCUUCAGCCCUGAGACCUACGCCCCACUCCUCCUUCGGCGGAAAAGUGAACGUCUCCGGCGUGAGCAAGGCCUUGACGUCGACAAAAAAUUGCAACCACAGGGGCUUGGAAGAACGAUCCUCAUCAGCUGUACACGCCCUUUUAAGUUGCUCGUCUUAGAGUACAUGCUGUUGUCUCUCUGCAUCCUGACUGCCUUCACUCUUGGGAUCCAAUAUCUACUCUUCGGUGGUUUUGCGUAUGUAUUUCGCACCGUAUACCGCUUUGAACUGUCCGAGAUUGGUUUGACCUUCAUCGGUAUUGGUGUUGGAGCAUUUAUCGGACUGGCAAUGGACCCAUUGUGGCGGAAGUACCGGGAUAAACAAUUGAAAGAGAACAGUGGCAACCCGGAGCCUGAGUUUCGACUACCAGCAGUUGCGUUCGGAGCUCUAUGUCUCCCCGUGAGCCUCUUCUUCUUUGGCUGGACGGCCCGACCAUCCGUGCACUGGAUUGUGCCCAUCAUUGGCAGCGGCUUCUUUGGCGUCGGCGGAUUGCUGGUAUAUUCAGGAAUUUGGACUUUUCUAGUCGAAGCAUAUCCCGUCUAUGCUGCCUCUGCCCUAGGUGCCAACGCCUUCACUCGCUUGGCCGCCGGAGCUGCAUUUCCCUUGUUUGGCGUACAAAUGUAUGAAUCCCUGGGAGUAGGUUGGGCAUCUUCUUUGCUGGGUUUCUUAGCGUUGGCAGCGGCCCCGUUUCCAUUCCUGCUUAUGAAGUAUGGCAAGCGUAUUAGAGGUGCUUCAAAGUUUGCCAAAGCAUGA